AUGUCAAAAAAUGCCAGAAUGCUCCAACUCGUUUCCGCUCUCCUUUUUGUUAAUGCUUCUGUGCAACUGUCUGAAUACUCACAAGCCGUCUUAAAGCCUGUCGAGGCUGCAGAUACCUUAUUAAACCGACGGGCUGCUCAACCAUUUAAUAAUGACUACGACGGCCCCAUCUGGACGUCGGAUCCCAAGUAUCCAUCCCCGUGGGGUGCUGGGACGGGAGACUGGGCUGCAGCCUACGAAAAGGCUCGUGCCUUUGUCAGUGGCCUGACGUUGUUGGAGAAGGUCAACCUCACCACCGGCGUUGGCUGGGAGUCUGAUCGAUGUGUGGGAAAUUCUGGCUCGAUCCCUCGUCUUGGCUUCGAGCCCCUUUGUAUGCAGGAUGGCCCGCUAGGAAUCCGUUUCGCCGACUAUGUUUCCGCAUUUCCCGCUGGUUUGAAUGUGGCUGCGACAUGGAGCCGUGAUCUUGCUAGAGCCAGAGGAGAAGCCAUGGGAGCCGAGAACAGAGACAAAGGCGUGGAUGUACAACUCGGCCCGGUCUGUGGACCCCUCGGCCGCAACCCUGAGGGAGGUCGUAACUGGGAAGGCUUCAGUCCCGAUCCAUACCUGACCGGGGCCCUGAUCGGUCCCACCAUCCAAGGCAUCCAAAGCCAAGGAGUCAUGGCAUGCACGAAGCAUUUCAUUGGAAACGAACAGGAGCACUUCCGCCAGGUUGGAGAAUCUAUUGGCUACGGGUGGAAUAUCACCGCCACCCUCAGCUCCAAUAUUGACGACAAGACCAUGCACGAACUCUACCUCUGGCCCUUUGCAGACGCCGUUCGGGCUGGUACAGCUUCAGUCAUGUGCUCUUAUCAGCAGGUGAAUAAUUCUUAUGCCUGUGCCAACUCUUACACAAUGAAUCACCUCCUCAAGGGUGAGCUCGGGUUCCAGGGCUUCGUCAUGUCCGACUGGCAAGCUCAACAUUCCGGGGUUGGUACCGCCCUGGCUGGACUCGACAUGGCUAUGCCUGGUGACACACUGUUCAACACUGGAUAUACCUACUGGGGCACUAAUCUGACUAUUGCUGUGAUCAAUGGAACCAUUCCUGAGUGGCGAGUGGACGAUAUGGCCACCAGAAUCAUGGCGGGUUACUACUAUGUCGGUCGUGAUAAUGCGAGGGUUCCGACCAACUUCUACGCCUGGGGCCAGGACACCUACGGACACGCUUCCGCAGCCGAUCCCAACUCGCCCCUCAUCAUCGUCAACGAACACCUGAAUGUCCAAGACGAGCACCGCAAUGUCAUCAGACAGAUUGGCCAGGCGUCGAAUGUCUUACUGAAGAACAACGGCGGUCUUCCACUUACCGGUCAGGAACGACAAAUUGCCGUGAUCGGGUACGAUGCUUGUGGCAACCCUUGGGGCCCAAAUGGUUGUCCCAACCGGCAGUGUAACAAUGGCACUCUGGCCAUGGCGUACGGUAGCGGCACCUGCGAAUUUCCGUAUCUGGUGACACCAGAACAGGCGAUCCAGCAGUAUGUAUUGACACAAACCGACUCGGAGAUUUCUACCAUUUGCGACAACUACGCCGACUCUCAAAUUCAAACCCUUGCCACCCAAGCAGAUGUGGCCAUUGUUUUCGCCAAUGCCGAUUCUGGCGAAGGAUUCAUCACCAUCGAUGGUAAUACUGGCGACCGCAAUAACUUGUCCCUCUGGGAAGGAGCGGACCGUUUGAUCAACAACGUGACCAAGUAUGUCAACAACACCAUCGUGGUCUUGCACACCGUGGGUCCUGUCAAUGUUUCUGCGUGGUAUGACAAUGAAAACAUCACGGCAAUCCUCUGGGCCGGCCUGCCUGGCCAAGAGAGUGGUAAUGCUCUCGUCGACGUUCUCUAUGGUCUCGUCAACCCUGGUGGAAAGCUGCCCUUCAGCAUUGCCCGGAACCGGGAUGACUAUGGCACAGAUGUCCUCUACGAACCCAACAACGGGCAAUUCAACGGCCCUCAGGUCCUCUUCUCGGAAGGUGUGUUUAUCGAUUAUCGACACCUCGAUGCGGCCGGCAUCGAGCCGAUCUACGAGUUCGGAUUCGGCCUCAGUUAUACCACCUUUGAAUACUCCAAUUUGGUGAUUACCCCUGGCAACCCAGCGCCAUAUGCUCCUGCCGGUGGAUUGACAGGACCGGCCCCAGCCUUGGGUAAUGCAUCCACGGAUCCGUCAUUGUACCUUUUCCCCAAUGACAGCAUCCCCUAUCGUUACUACGAAUUUAUCUACCCAUACCUCAACACGACCAACCUCCAAGCUGCGUCCGCGGAUCCUGACUAUGGCCUGCCCACCGAUCAGUAUGUUCCGUCGGGCGCCACCGAUGGGUCGCCGCAGCCCGUUCAACCUGCUGGGGGUGGGCUUGGCGGCAACCCUCUGCUCUACGAAGUUGUCGCCACGGUGACGGCAACAAUCACCAACACAGGAGAUGUUGUCGGCGACGAGGUUGCGCAGCUGUACGUUUCGCUUGGGGAGGGCGAACCGCCGAAGGUUCUUCGUGGAUUCGAUCGCCUAACAAUUGCCCCUGGUCAAUCCGCGACGUUUACAGCCGAGCUCACUCGCAAGGAUGUGUCUGUCUGGGACACCACCCAACAGAACUGGGUCGAGGUCAGCAACCCGACUAUUUACGUGGGCGCUUCCAGCAGAAACCUCCCCCUGUCAGGCACUUUAUCCAACAGCGCUGCACCCAGUGGUCCAUCGCCAUCGCCACCGCCACCUCCUGGCUCCUCACCAGCUAGCCCCUCUUCCAGCUAUAUUCCUCCUCCAUAUUCCUGGAGCUCCGGUUCUGGACAUCCGACUGGACCGCCGGUGUCGCAAAUCUCUGAUGGGCAGCCACAAGUCAUCAGCCAGAUCUCGGACGGGCAGCCGCAAUGGGGUGCUCCAGUCACGCAAAUCUCGGAUGGUCAACCGCAGGCUACGACGGCAUGA